AUGUUCGCGGUCUUCAUAAAGGAUGGGGAGAGGGCUCUGGCGAUGAUCAGCAAGUAUCACACUGUGGCGGCCCUGAAGGAAGUGUAUGUGACGCCCUGGAAAUUGAUCGACCCUACAAGUGUGAAGCCGGAUGUUACCACACUGCCUCCAAAGUACAAGAAGAAGUCAGGCCGCCCCCCCAAGAAGAGGCUUCGAUCGCAUGGUGAGCUCGAUCCCAAGAGAUUGCGCAAGUGUAAGAAGUGCUCGGAAUACGGCCACAACUCUCGUACAUGUGAAGUGCGUGCAGCUAGUAGGGCUAUGUGGGAGGCGUUGAUGACACCUGAAGGGCAGUUGCAUGCCCAAACGGUGACAAGCGUUGAUGGGACUGUCCGCACGAUCUCAUGCAGGGCGUGCGGAGGACGACAUGGCAGGGAGGUGAUCUGUGAGCCGUUGAGGCGUGAGGGGACGGGACAAGAUGAUGAUGGGGAGGGCUCCUCUGGUGAUGAACUUGAGGAUAUCACUGAUGAGGUGUGUGAUGAUUCCUCGGAUGAAGACAAUGUUGAGGGCGGUAACGCGUGGAACGGCGAGAGGUGUUCGGCAGCAAGGGAGAGGAGUGGGUGUGGGGCAGCAAGGGAGAGGAGUGGGUGUGGGGCAGCAAGGGAGAGGAGUGGGUGUGGGGCAGCAAGGGAGAGGAGUGGGUGUGGGGCAGCCAGGGACAAGUGUGGGUGUGGGGCAGCAAGGGAGGAGUGUGGGUGUGGGGCAGCCAGGGACAAGUGUGGGUGUGGGGCAGCAAGGGAGGAGUGUGGGUGUGGGGCAGCCAGGGACAAGUGUGGGUGUGGGGCAGCAAGCCAGGAGUGUGGGUGUGGGGCAGCCAGGGACAAGUGUGGGUGUGGGGCAGCAAGGGAGGAGUGUGGGUGUGGGGCAGCCAGGGACAAGUGUGGGUGUGGGGCAGCAAGGGAGGAGUGUGGGUGUGGGGCAGCCAGGGACAAGUGUCGGUGUGGGGCAGCAAGGGAGGAGUGUGGGUGUGGGGCAGCCAGGGACAAGUGUGGGUGUGGGGCAGCCAGGGAGAGGAGUUAUGGUGCAGCCAGGAUUGGUGCAGCAAGGGAGAGGAGUGGCUAUGCAGCAGCAUUCGGGUGGGGUGACUAUGGGGCAAACAGGGGGGGGGCAGCAAGGGAGUGGGGUGACUACGGGACAGCAGGGGACGGGAGGGGUGAUGGGGCUGCAAGGGAGUGGACUGGCUACGGGACAGCAAUGGAGUGGGUUGGGAAUGGGGCAAACAGGGGGGGGGCAGCAAGGGAGUGGGGUGACUACGGGACAGCAGGGGACGGGAGGGGUGAUGGGGCUGCAAGGGAGUGGACUGGCUACGGGACAGCAAUGGAGUGGGUUGGGAAUGGGGCAGACAGGGGGGGGGCAGCAAGGGAGUGGGGUGACUACGGGACAGCAGGGGACGGGAGGGGUGAUGGGGCUGCAAGGGAGUGGACUGGCUACGGGGCAGCAAUGGAGUGGGUUGGGAAUGGGGCAGACAGGGGGGGGGCAGCAAGGGAGUGGGGUGACUACGGGACAGCAGGGGACGGGAGGGGUGAUGGGGCUGCAAGGGAGUGGACUGGCUACGGGACAGCAAUGGAGGGGUGUUGGAAUGAUGCAGCCAGGCAGGGAAGUGGAUAUGGAUCGCUACAGGUUUGUGGGAAUGCAGCAGCGCUGGUGGGGUGA